AUGGCUCCUCAACUUCAUCAGCGUCCUCCUUUCCGCGCCGAGCACUUGGGCUCUCUCUUGCGCCCAGAUCAGCUUUUGGAAACCAAGCUCGCUUUCGAGGCUGGCAAGAUCCCCGAGUCGCAAUUGACCGCUUCUGAGGACAAGGAGAUCAAUGCCAUCGUUGGGACACAGCAAAAGCUUGGCUAUGCCGCUCUGUCCGACGGCGAGUAUCGUCGUCACAUGUUCUGGGGUACUUUCUUCCCCGGUCUAGACGGCUUCGAGGAGGUCAACAAUGUCGACGUGGAUGACUUCCGUCCCUAUGCCCCCGAUAUCGCCGCAUUUUUGGAGGCCGGUCACAAGCCCGGUGAGAGCGUCAUCUGUACCGGCAAGAUCAAGCACGUUGGUAGCACCUACGUCGACCAGUUCAAGUACCUCGCCAGCCAAGUGCCUGCCAACGAGGUCGGAAACCUGAAGAUUACUCUUGCCGCGCCUAACUGGUACCACCUGCGCUACCGUGAGGGCAAGGCUUACCCCAAGUCUGUGUACACCAAUGACGAGGAUUAUUUCGGCGACAUUGCCAAGGCCUACCAGGCCGAGCUUCAGAUCCUGUAUGACGCCGGCUGCCGUAACGUCCAAUUCGACGACCCCAACCUGGCUUACUUCUGCUCUGAUAAGUUCCUCACUGGCUUCAAGGAGGACCCUCUGAAUGUAUACUCCGCCGAUACCAUGUUCGAGAAGUAUAUCAAACAGUACAACGACUGCUUCGUUAACCUGCCCGCCGAUAUGCACGUCGGUGUUCACCUAUGCCGCGGUAACUUUGUCGGAAGUCGGCACUUCUCCGAGGGUGGCUACGACCGUAUUGCUAUUAAGCUCUUCCAGGAGCUGAACGUCCACACCUACUACCUCGAGUACGACACCCCCCGCGCCGGUGGUUUCGAACCUCUCAAGUUCCUGCCCACCCACAAGAACGUGAUUUUGGGUGUUGUGACUAGCAAGUUCGCCAAGCUUGAGGAUAAGGAGGAGAUGAAGAAGCGGGUCAUUGAUGCUGCUAAGUUUAUUGCUGAGGGUAACAACAUCUCCCUCGAUGCUGCGCUUAACCAGGUCGGUGUUAGCCCACAGUGUGGCUUUGCUUCUCAUCGUGAGGGUAAUGCUAUCGACUGGGACGGCAUGAUCAACAAAUUGCAGCUGGUCCGUGAUAUUGCCAACGAUAUCUGGCCCAAUCAGGCUUAA